GGUACAAUAAAUUCCGAACGCACCUUCUCUCUGCCCAGCUCAUACUUUGAGUUCAAGAUCAGACGGACAGAGGCUACUCACAAACGAGGACAAGACAAAGUCAGGCAAAAUGGUGAAAGUUGGAGUCAACGGAUUCGGGCGUAUUGGUCGCCUUGUGACCCGUGCUGCUUUCCACUCUGGGAAGGUUCAGAUUGUGGCCAUCAAUGAUCCCUUCAUUGACCUGGACUACAUGGUGUACAUGUUCAAGUACGACUCCACCCAUUCACGCUUCCAUGGUGAGGUGAAGGCUGAGGGCGGCAAGCUCCACAUUGCUGGCCACACCAUCACCGUCUUCCACGAGAGGGACCCUACUAACAUUAAGUGGGGCGAUGCUGGUGCUGAGUACGUCGUGGAAUCCACUGGUGUCUUCACCACCAUAGAGAAGGCCUCUUCCCACUUGAAGGGAGGUGCCAAGAGGGUCAUCAUCUCUGCUCCCAGUGCUGAUGCCCCCAUGUUUGUGAUGGGUGUCAACCAUGAAAAAUAUGACAAAUCCCUGAAGGUUGUCAGCAAUGCCUCCUGCACAACCAACUGCCUGGCUCCCCUGGCCAAGGUCAUCAACGACAAAUUUGUGAUUAUUGAGGGACUCAUGAGCACUGUCCAUGCCAUCACGGCAACCCAGAAGACUGUGGAUGGCCCAUCCGGGAAGCUGUGGAGAGAUGGGCGUGGCGCCAGCCAGAACAUCAUCCCUGCUUCCACUGGUGCAGCCAAGGCUGUGGGCAAGGUCAUCCCUGAGCUUAAUGGCAAGCUGACUGGCAUGGCUUUCCGUGUCCCCACUCCCAAUGUGUCUGUGGUUGACCUGACCGUUCGUCUGGAGAAACCUGCUAAGUAUGACGAUAUCAAGAAGGUGGUGAAGGAAGCGGCGGAAGGACCCAUGAAGGGAAUUCUGGGAUACACAGAAGACCAGGUGGUAUCCACAGACUUCAAUGGGGAUUGCCACUCCUCUAUCUUUGAUGCCGGUGCAGGCAUCGCACUUAACGACCAUUUCGUGAAGCUGGUCUCAUGGUAUGACAAUGAGUUUGGUUACAGCAACCGCGUUGUUGACCUUAUGUGCCACAUGGCCUCCAAGGAGUAAAGCCGCUAACUGACCCGGUCAGACACUUCAUCAGACCACCUGCAAAUACGUCAACAUGCAACAUCAGUUUUUCUUUUUGUACUAAAUGCCCUGUGAGAGACGAAUGUCUCUUACUGUAAUGAACAAACUACAAUUUGAAACGAGUUGUCUGUUUAGUCCCAAAAAAUGGGACUUCAGUCUGUCACCUAAUAAAGUCCUCUGUUUGUGAGUAA